UUUGUUCUUUUAAUAUUUGUAGAAUUGAGUUUUACAUUGUUUUAAAUAGUUAAAAUUUCCGUUUUGAUUAUCACUUAAUGAAUGUAUAUAUAUAUAUAUAUAUAUAUAUAGUUUAAACAUCUAAGUGAGAAGAAAAUAUUUAAUUCUUUAAUAAUACAUAUCAAGAAAUUACAAAAAUUAUGGAUAUCAAGAAUUUACAAGAAUUUAUGGAAUUGGUUGGUCGAUUGAAACAUAUGAAAAGAACAGGAUGGGUUCUUAAAAAUGUUCCUGAUCCAGAAACAAUUGCAGGUCAUAUGUAUAGGAUGGCUAUGUUUUCUUUCUUGGUAGAUAACGAAAAUUUAGAUAAAGUCAAAAUCAUGCAAAUGGCUUUAAUACAUGAUUUAGCUGAAUGUAUUGUGGGAGAUAUAACACCUUCUUGUGGUAUUCCAUCUGAAAUUAAACACAAGUUAGAAGAUGAAGCUAUGGAAGAUAUUUGCAAACUUCUUGGAGAUAGAGGACCUAUGAUAUUAGAGAUAUUUCGUGAAUAUGAAAAGCAAGAAUCUCCGGAAGCAAAAUAUGUUAAAGAUUUAGACAGAUUAGAUUUAAUUAUGCAAGCAUAUGAAUAUGAAAAAAGGGAUAAUAUUCCUGGAAAAUUAGAAGAAUUUUUUACUACUACAAGUGGCAAGAUAAGGCAUCCUUUUAUUCAAAAAUUAGCAUCUGAAAUUAUUGCAAGAAGACAAGCUUUAUGUUGUAAUUUAACUACCUCAGUAUAACUUUGUAUUUAUG